UGCACUCGCGCGCGUGUGAUGUGAGUAGCGCUGCGGCGGGUCAGGGGGCACGCGGCGAUAGUGCGCGCGGACGAAGCGGUCGCAGCGAGCAGCUUCCCCGCCCGCCGCUUGCCGUCCCGAGGUAGCCCACCGACCUUGGGCGUCCUUGUGUAACGAUAAGGCGGACUCGGGGUCUCGUGGAAACUCGGCGCGAGGUCGGGACCCCGCUAUCGCGCCCUUUUAACCGGCCGCCGGCGAGGCGCAGCUUCACUCUCAGCCUGUGUCCGCUCGCGAUCACCUCGCACGCGCUCUUGUUCACUUCGCUUUCUGUUAACUCCCGACGCGACGCGUAGAUAGUGCGUGUGGCUGCAGCAUGCCCAGCGCGAUGGUGAACGGCGCGCAGGCGUCGCCCGACGAUGUGGUUCUGACUGGCCUGUCGGGCCGCCUGCCCGAGUCCGACAACGUGGAGGAGUUCGCGCGCCACUUGUUUGCCGGCGUCGACCUGGUGACCGCCGACGACCGCCGCUGGACACCAGGGUUGCACGGGCUGCCGGAGCGCAACGGCAAACUGAAAGACCUGGUGCACUUCGACGCAACAUUCUUCGGCGUGCACGCGAAGCAGGCGCACCUGAUGGACCCACAACUGCGGCUGCUGCUCGAGCUGACACAUGAGGCCAUCGUGGACGCCGGCCUUAGUCCCGCCGAGCUGCGUGGCUCGCGAACCGGCGUCUACGUCGGCGUCUCCAACUCCGAGACAGAGGAGAUGUGGACCGCCGACCCGGACAAGAUCAACGGGUACGCGCUGACGGGCUGCUGCCGCGCCAUGUUCCCCAACCGCAUCUCGUAUACGUUCGACCUGAAGGGCCCUUCCUACGCCAUAGAUACGGCUUGCUCGAGCUCCAUGUUUGCGCUCGCGCAGGCAGCGACUGCGAUACGCGCCGGCCAAUGCGACGCCGCGAUCGUCGCCGGCACCAACCUGUGCCUCAAGCCCGCCAACUCCCUCAACUUCCACCGGUUGAGCAUGUUAUCGCCGGAGGGGCGGUGCGCGGCGUUCGAUGCCGGCGGGCGCGGCUAUGUGCGUUCCGAAGCCGCCGUCGUGGUGCUGCUGCAGCGCCGCGCCUCCGCGCGGCGCCUCUACGCCACCGUGCGCGGCGCGCGCAUGAACACCGACGGCAGCAAGGUGCAAGGCAUCACCUUUCCCUCGGGGGACGUGCAACGCCGCCUGGCCGAGGAGACCUUCUCUGAGGCGGGCCUCCGGCCGCAGGACGUGGUCUACGUGGAGGCACACGGUACCGGCACUAAGGUGGGCGACCCGCAGGAGGUGAACGCCAUCGCCGACUUCUUCUGCAAGGAGCGCUCGUCGCCGCUGCUGCUGGGCUCGGUCAAGUCCAACAUGGGCCACUCGGAGCCGGCCUCCGGGUUGUGCUCCAUCGCCAAGGUCAUCAUCGCUAUGGAGGAAGGCGUCAUCCCGGCUAACUUGCACUAUAAAACACCGAACCCAGACAUUCCGGCCCUAAGUGAUGGACGUAUACAGGUGGUCGACAAGAACACGCCGUGGGAUGGCGGGCUUGUGGCGGUCAAUUCCUUUGGAUUCGGCGGAGCCAACGCACACGUGAUUCUUGAGUCGCAGCGGGGCACGCGUUCCCCGGCGCAGCCUGCCAGCCAGCCCGCCGGCCAGCCCGCCGGCCAGCCCGCCGACCUGCCACGGCUGGUGGUGGCGUCGGGCCGCACGGAAGCCGCUGUGCGACGCCUGCUGCAGCUCGCGGCCGAUCACGCUCAAAACGCACACCUGCUCGCCAUGCUCGACGCCGUGCACGCCCACAACAUCCCGGGCCACGCCUUCCGCGGCUACCGGCUACUCGGCGAGCCGUCGUCGCAGGCCCCGCCCGUUGAGGACGUUCAGGAAGCCGAGAGCUCGGAGCCGCGGCCGCUGUGGUUCGUGUUCUCCGGUAUGGGAUCGCAGUGGGCGGGCAUGGCGCGCACCCUGCUGCGCCUGCCGGCGUUCGCCCGCAGCGUGGCGCGAUGCGCGGCAGCUCUGCGACCACACGGCGUCGACCUGGCGCACGUGCUGACAGACGCGCCCGACUCAGCCUUCGAGGACGUGGUGACGUCGUUCGUGUCGAUCGCCGCCGUGCAGGUGGCGCUGGUGGACGUGCUGCGAGAGCUCGGCCUCAGGCCGGACGGCAUCGUCGGUCACUCCGUCGGUGAAAUCGGUUGCGCGUACGCGGACGACACGCUGACGGCGGAGCAGGCGGUGCUCGCGGCGUACUGGCGCGGGCGCAGUAUCGUGGACGCGCGCCUGCCGCCCGGCGCCAUGGCGGCCGUGGGCCUCGGCUGGGAGGAGGCGAGCGCGCGCUGCCCGCCCGACAUCGCGCCCGCCUGCCACAACGCCGCCGACAGCGUCACGGUGUCGGGCCCGGCGGAGUCCAUCGAGCGGUUCGUGGCGCAGCUCGCGGCGGAGGGCGUGUUCGCGCGCCGCGUCAACAGCUCGGGCGUGGCGUUCCACAGCCGCUACAUCGCCGCCGCCGCCCCGCUGCUGCGCCGCAGCCUGGAGCGCGUCAUCCCCGACCCCAAGCCGCGUUCCCGCCGCUGGCUCUCCUCUUCGUUGCCUAAGGACCAGUGGGACUCGGACAUUGCGCGGAUGAGCGACGCGGCGUACCACGUCAACAACCUCCUGUCGCCGGUGCGGUUCGCGGAGGCGCUGGGCGAGGUGCCGGAGCGCGCGUUGCUGCUCGAGGUGGCGCCGCACGCGCUGCUGCAGGCGGUACUGCGCCGCGCGCGCCCCCUCGCUGCGCACGUGCCGCUGCUGCGCCGCGACGCGCCCGACCUGGCCGCGCACCUGCUGGCCGCCGCCGGGCGCGCUUACUGCGCCGGCGCUCAACCCCGUGUGAGCGCGUUCUACCCGCCCGUGGCGUGGCCCGCGCCCCGCGGCACUCCCCGCCUCGCCUCGCACGUGCUCUGGGACCACUCCUCCGAGUGGAGCGUCGCCAACUUCGGCGCCGCCUCGCGCUCCGGCGAGAACGUCAUCGAGUACGACCUCUCGCGUCCCGACGACGACUUCAUCUCCGGACACAACAUCGACGGACGCAUCCUGUUCCCCGCCACUGGCUAUUUGACGCUCGUAUGGAGGACGAUGGCGAAAAUUCACAACCGUAAAUUAGAGGACACGCCGAUAAUUCUCGAAAACGUCCAAUUCAAGCGCGCGACCAUCAUGUCGCGCGAUGCACCCGUUCGCUUCCUGGUAAACGUGCUGGACGGCAGCGGCGAGUUCGAGGUCUGCGAGGGCGGCGCCGUCGCGGCCUCGGGCCUGGUGCGGCUGGCCGAGCAGCCCGCCGCCGAGCGCCUGCCCGCCCCGCCCGCGCCGCCCCGAGUCUCGCCCGACCUGCUCCCGCUCGCCACCGACGACAUCUACAAAGAGCUGCGACUGCGCGGCUACAGCUAUGCCGGCGCCUUCCGCGGCAUCCGCGCCUCCGAUCCGCUCGGCGUCGCCGGAUCGCUCGCCUGGGACGGCAACUGGAUCACCUUCAUGGACACGAUGCUGCAGUUUGCGAUCAUCGGAGUGGACACGCGCGAGUUGUAUCUGCCCACGCGGCUGCAGCGCGCGCUCAUCGACCCGGCGGCGCAGUGCGCGGCGGCCGCGGCGGCCGAGGCGGCGGGUGCGCCGGGCGUGCUGUCCGUGCGCAUGAUGCGCGACUUAGACGUCGUGCUCGCAGGCGGGGUCGAGCUGCGCGGCGUGAAGACGAGCCUGGCGCCGCGGCGCGCCAACCCGCAGCCGCCGCCCAAGCUAGAGAAGUACGUGUUCGUGCCGUACGACAAAACUGAUGUGGUGGGCUGCGACGGCGGCGAGGGGGGCACGCGCUCCAAACGCGAAGCGCUCACGGCGUGUCUGCAGCUGGUGUGGGAGAACGCGGGCGCGCUGCGACUGCGCGCGUGCGAAGCGGCGCUGGGGCGCGCGCCCGAGUCGCUGCUGCUGCCCACCGUGCUGGCGCUGCUGGACGCGGAGCCCCAGGUGCGCGUGGAGCCGGUUCUGGCCGCGGGGGCCGACGCGCCGCUCCACGAGGCCGCCAUGCAGAAGCUAGCCGUUAAAGUGAGCACCAAGGAUGCCCGGAGCGCCGCCCCCGAGGCCGAGUGCCACCUGGUGGUGGCGGCGGACGUGCUGGGCCGGCAUGGCGCGCCGCUGCUGCGCCACCUCGCGGCCGCGCUCGCGCCCGCCGGCAUGCUGCUGCUCGAGGAGUCGCACGACGCGCUGCGCUCGCAAGCCGCGCAAGACGCUCUGCGCUCCGCCGGCCUCGUGUCCGUCGCCCGCCAGCGCGCCGCCGCCUGCGAGUAUCUGUUGCUGCGCAGGGAGCCGACCCCGCCGCCAGCACACCUCGUCCUCGAGAUCGCCGAGGACUCCUCCUACGCCUGGGUGGAGACGCUGCGCGACGCCCUAAAGCGCGCUGAGACCGAGGACGUGCGCGUCUACGUGUGGUCGCGCGCGCCGACGAGCGGCCUGCUCGGGCUAGGCACGUGCCUGCGCGCGGAGCCCGGCGGGCGCGCGCUGCGCGUAUUCUUCCUGCCCGAGGCGGCGGAGACAUUCGCGCCCGACGCGCCGACGUAUGCCGAGCAAACGCGUAAAGACUUGGCCGUGAACGUGCUUCGCGCCGGCGUAUGGGGCUCCUACCGUCAUCUCGCGCUGCCUGACGCCGCCGAUCUCCAGCUACAGGUGGAGCACGCGUACGUGAACACGUUGACGCGCGGCGACCUGGCCUCGCUGCGCUGGGUGGAGAGCGGGCUGGCGUACGCCGCGCCCCGCGCCGGCACCACGCGCUGCGCCGUGCACUACGCGCCGCUCAACUUCCGCGACGUCAUGCUGGCCACUGGCAAACUGCCGCCCGACGCGCUGCCCGGCGACCUCGCGGGACAAGAAUGCAUAUUGGGUCUGGAGUUCAGCGGACGCGCGCCGGACGGGCGGCGCGUCAUGGGCAUGGUGGCGGCGCGCGGGCUGGCCACCUCCGUGCUGGCCGACGACGGCUUCCUGUGGGACGUGCCCGACUCCUGGACGCUGGAGGACGCCGCCACCGUGCCCGUCGCUUACGCCACCGCCUACUACGCGCUGUGUGUGCGCGGCCGCAUGCGGCGCGGCGAGAGCGUCCUCGUGCACGCCGGCACCGGCGGCGUCGGCCAGGCCGCCAUCGCCAUCGCGCUGCACGCCGGCUGCACCGUGUACACCACCGUGGGCACUCCCGACAAGCGCGCCUUCCUGCGCGACCGUUUCCCCGCCCUGCCCGACGACAACAUCGGCAACUCGCGCGACACCAGCUUCGAGCAGCUGGUGCUGCGGCGCACGCGCGGCCGCGGGGUGGACCUAGUGCUCAACUCGCUGGCGGCCGACAAGCUGCUUGCCUCCGUGCGCUGUCUGGCCAACGGCGGCCGCUUCCUCGAGAUCGGCAAACUCGACCUUUCCAACAACACACCGCUCGGCAUGGCGAUAUUCCUGAAGAAUACCACAUUCCACGGCAUCCUGCUGGACGCGCUGUUCGGGGCGGAGGGCGCGGAGGUCGCGGAGGUCGCUGAAGGCGUGGGGCAUGAGCGCGCCGCAGUGGUGCGCUGCGUGGCGGAGGGCAUCGCGUCCGGCGCGGUGCGUCCACUGCCGCGCACCGUCUUCGCAGACCACCAGCUGGAGCAGGCCUUCAGGUACAUGGCGACGGGGAAGCACAUCGGCAAAGUGGUGAUCCGCGUGCGCGACGAGGAGACGCCGGGGAGCAAGCUGGUGCCGGCCGUACCCCGCACCUACUUCCGCCCCGACAGGACCUAUGUGCUCGUCGGCGGGCUGGGCGGCUUCGGGCUGGAGCUGGCGGAGUGGCUGGUGGUGCGCGGCGCCACGCGGCUGCUGUUCAACUCGCGCUCCGGAGUGCGCACCGGCUACCAGUCGUGGUGCAUACGACGGUGGCGCGCGCGCGGCGUGCACGUGGCGCUGAGUACGGCGGACGCGACUGGCGUUGCGGGCGCGCGCGCGCUCUUGCGCGAGGCGGCGGCGCUGGCGCCGGUGGGUGGCGUCUUCAACCUGGCGGCGGUGCUGCGCGACGCCUUCCUCGAGAACCAAACGCCCGACGAUUUCCGCGCCGUCGCCCGCCCCAAAGUCGACGGCACGAAGUCGCUGGACUCGGCGACGCGCGAGUUGUGCCCCGAGCUGGAGUACUUCGUGGUGUUCUCGUCGGUGUCUUGCGGACGCGGCAACCCCGGACAGAGCAACUACGGACUCGCCAACUCCGCCAUGGAGCGCAUCGUGGAGCGCCGCCAGGCCGACGGGCUGCCGGGCCUGGCCGUGCAGUGGGGCGCCAUAGGCGAGGUGGGGCUCAUCGUGGAGACGAUGGGCGGUGACGAGAGCGAGGUGGGCGGCACGGUGCCGCAGCGCAUUGCGUCCUGCAUGGUGGCGCUGGGCGCGCUGUUGGCGCGGCCGCACGCCGUCGCCGCCUCCAUGGUGCUGGCGGACAAGAGGCGCGCGCCCUCCGCGCCCUCGCACGACCUGCUGCACGCCGUCGCCAACAUACUCGGUAUAAAGGACCCGAGUAAAGUAUCAGAAUCUGCCAAUCUGGCGGAGUUGGGAAUGGAUUCGUUGAUGGGUGCCGAGAUAAAGCAAACUCUAGAACGAGGCUACGACGUGGUACUGGGUGUGCAAGAGAUUCGCGCGCUCACGUUUGCCAAGCUUCGUGUCCUCGCGGGGGGCGAGGCAGAGGGAGGGUCGGAGACCGAGGUGCCGGAGCAGGGAGAGGCUCCGGAACAGGCCACUGCGGCGGAGCACGCGCCGCUCGCCGGCGAUCUGGUGCAGUUUCCGGCACUCGAGGAGCUAGUGCCCGAGCAAGUACUCGUCAAAUUACCCAGUGCCGCUCCUGAUAACACUGAAAUUAAACCUGUAUUUAUGGUGCACCCUAUCGAGGGCGUGGUGCGCGCGCUGGCGGGCGUGGCGCGGGCGGUGCGCGCGCCGGCGCUGGGCCUGCAGUGCGUGGCCGCGGCGCCGCUCACAGACAUGACCGCGCUCGCCGCCUUCUACGUGCGCCAGGUGCGCGCGGCGCAGCCCCGCCCGCCCUACACCCUGCUCGGCUACUCCUUCGGAGCCAGCGUCGCCUUCGAAAUGGCGCUACAGUUGGAGCAGGCCGGCUGCGAGACGCGCCUCGUGCUGGUGGACGGCUCGCCGGCGUACGUGGCGACGCACACGACGCGCGGCAAGGCCAAGCGCGCCGCUCGCUCCGCCGCCACCGACGAGGCGGACGCGCUCACAUACUUCACCCAGCUGUUCGUGGAGAUAGACGCCAACAAGGUGUUCUCGCAACUGGAGGCGCUCGGCGGGUGGGAGGCGCGCGUGCAGCACGUGACGGCGCUGCUGCGGGGCGUGACGCCGCACGCGCCCGCCGCCCUCGCCGCCGCCGCGCACUCCUUCUACCGCAAGCUGGUAGCCGGCGACACGUACCGCCCCGCGCGACGUCUGCGAGCGCCCGUCACGCUCUUCACGGCCCGCGACAACUACGUCACGCUCGGAGAGGACUACGGCCUGGCCGAGGUGUGCGCCGGCCCCCUGAACACGCUCCAGCUGGCGGGCACGCACCGCUCCAUCCUGACGGGCGAGGCGGCGCGCGCCAUCGCCGACCAUCUGUCCGCGUUGCAGUCGGCGCAGUCGGCGCAGGCGGCGCAGUCCUCGCAGCCGCCGAGACAGUAGCACGCGGCACGCCGACGCCGGCGACCGCGCCGACGCCGGCCGCGGUAGUGCGCGCCCAGCUCGCCCGCUCACUAUGCUUUUGUGUACGACUUUCAUUUAAUGGAUUCCUCGUAUGUACACUGACGCGGCCUCUCUAUACCACAUCUGAUAGUGCGAGCUUGUAGCUGCAAUUGUAUUUAUGAAAUAGAAUGUGUGCGGAGCUCGGCUCCCGACUUGUGAUACGGUACAUUCCGAGCACGCGCCCCGCCGCCGCCGCCGCGCCUCGGGGACUCCUGUAUUUGUAAAUAAAAUAUUAAUUUAUUUUUAAUGUAAAUUAAGAAUUUAAAUAGACUACUAUCGUAGGAAUGGAAUUAUUCUUAUGACUCGAAUAUAAAGUUAAGCGGCAUGGGGUGGGGUCCGGGACGGGGAGGCGCUACAGCACAGUGCAUGAGUGCAGUCGGUGGUCAGCCAGGGCUGUUGACUUCCUUCGUCUCAAAAUGUCUGAAGCUACUUCGAUGUUUGAAGUCGAGUUCUCAUAUACAAUGUGUAAUUUGGUGAUGCUCUUGCUUGAAGUGGAUCGCGUGUGAAGGCUCACGCGUGCGUUGCGACGUUGCCGCUUGGCUCUGCCGGCGAUCUAGACAGCAUCUAGACCAGAUCUUGCGAGAGCAGUCAACAUAUUAAGUUGUAUGAUCAUAUUAUAUUUGUAUUUGAAAGAAGUCAUUUUGCGACAUUAUUGUAACAUUAAGGUGAGGUUAGUUUUGCGCCGGCCGGGGACGGUACUGUCCAGACAUUAGUCCCCGCACUCAUUGUGAUCUGAUGACUAGCAUUUGGAUAUAAAUAGUUUUAUAUUUAAUGUAUUGACACAAUUAGGUGGUUAUGAUGAUUAUUUAUUCCAAUUAUUGUACGGUCAAUUCGUAUGUUAAACUUUGGAGACGGUUAAUGUAUGAAUUAAGAAUAUUUUUUCAUUAAACAAAUUGA